GAUGAGGCUGAGCGACUCCUCCUAGAGGUGGUUAUGUGGAGAAGGAGCAAUCCCUUCUCCCUCCUCCUCCUCCCCCCGCUACUAUCCGCGGCCCAGAGAACUGCCGUUGCCGCCAUUGACACGCACAGAUAAAACCCAAAGAAAGGCAAAGAGUCCUGCCCGGCACCGGCGCCGCGCGGGCCGAACCUGUGCCCGGGGAGGGGCGCGCGGAGCAGGCGGCGCAGCACCAGUACUGUGUUAGUGCCAGGAGGCCACAGUGUCAGCAAACUGAGAGGGGAACUGAGGCAAGAUGUCGGGCCGGAGCGGGAAGAAGAAGAUGUCCAAGCUGUCCCGUUCAGCCAGGGCAGGCGUCAUCUUCCCGGUGGGGAGGCUGAUGCGCUACCUGAAGAAAGGGACUUUCAAGUACCGGAUCAGCGUGGGGGCUCCCGUCUACAUGGCGGCCGUCAUCGAAUACCUGGCAGCCGAAAUCCUGGAGCUGGCUGGGAACGCCGCGAGAGACAACAAGAAGGCCAGAAUAGCUCCAAGACACAUCCUGCUGGCAGUUGCCAAUGAUGAGGAGCUCAACCAGCUGCUGAAGGGGGUGACCAUCGCCAGUGGAGGCGUCCUGCCCAGAAUUCACCCCGAACUGCUGGCCAAAAAGCGAGGGACCAAAGGCAAGUCGGAAACCAUCCUCUCCCCACCCCCAGAGAAGAGAGGAAGGAAGGCCUCGUCCGGAAAGAAGGGGGGCAAGAAGUCCAAGGCCGCCAAGCCACGCACGUCCAAAAAGUCCAAACCAAAGGACAGCGAUAAAGAAGGAGCUUCACACUCCACCUCAGAGGACGGGCCAGGGGAUGGAUUCACCAUUCUGUCUUCUAAGAGCCUUGUUCUAGGACAGAAGCUGUCCCUGACCCAGAGUGACAUCAGCCAUAUUGGCUCCAUGAGAGUGGAGGGCAUCGUCCAUCCAACCACAGCUGAAAUUGACCUCAAGGAAGAUAUAGGUAAAGCCUUGGAAAAGGCUGGGGGGAAGGAGUUCUUGGAAACAGUAAAGGAGCUUCGCAAAUCCCAGGGCCCUUUGGAGGUGGCUGAAGCCGCCGUCAGCCAAUCCAGUGGACUCGCAGCCAAGUUUGUCAUCCACUGUCACAUCCCGCAGUGGGGCUCCGACAAGUGUGAGGAGCAGCUGGAAGAGACCAUCAAAAACUGCUUGUCGGCCGCCGAGGACAAGAAGCUCAAGUCCGUGGCGUUCCCGCCUUUCCCCAGCGGCAGAAACUGCUUCCCCAAACAGACGGCCGCCCAGGUGACCCUGAAGGCCAUCUCGGCGCACUUCGACGACUCAGGCGCCUCCUCGCUGAAGAACGUGUACUUCCUGCUGUUCGACAGCGAGAGCAUCGGCAUCUACGUGCAGGAGAUGGCCAAGCUCGACGCCAAGUAGCUGAGCGGCCGGCAGGUGGCGACGGAGCGGGGCGGAGAGAGGAAGGGUGCCGGCGGGGGAGGGCGGCGGAGCUGGCGGCGGGGCGCGGGGAGGCCGGGGCAGGUGCCGCCCGGUUCUCUGUCCUCGGUCGCCAGAGUCCCGGCCCCUAACUAGCCAGGUCUCCGCGCGGGUUGCUUUCCAUGUGUUUUCUUCCUGUUGUUUUAGAACUUUUUAAAAAAAACAGACCUCGUUUUAGAUUUAUAGCAUUGAUUUUUACACACACUCACAAAAAAAAAAUCCUUUCGAAAUGCUUGGAUCUUCUGUUCCUUUGUCCAAGGGAGGAGGCCGUGAAGGGGCCGUGUGGGAAAGGCUCCUGGCUGGCGGCCGCUCCCUGCCCCUCCGCCCUGUGUAAUGACUCCUAAAAGGUUUGUGCUUCAGGCUUUUUUUUUUUUUUUUUUUGGGGGGGGGGGAGUGUUUUGUUUUUUUAAAGAAAAAGAAAAUGAA